AAGCAGCCAUCUUUGGUCUUCUCUCGUAUGCCACGUACAAGGCCGAUGAAGUGUAUGCGAGUCGGCACGAAGGGGAAGGGUACUUCACCAUGUUAUUCAGUCGUUGGCGGCCACAAGAGGGUCUCUGGGAACAGCGAAACAUCAAACACUAUGAUCUUGCUACGCAAGCUGCAGAGGAUCGAUUGUUGAUGCAGUCUGCACAGGCACCGGCCAUGAGGCAGAUGCGAUACCCUGCGGUCUUGGAUCAUGGUUCUCCUUACAACACGCGUGUGGACCAGAAGGUGGAUAACAGCCAUGUCAAGGUGAAGCAGAGGAAUCAGGUGGCUCAGGCUGGUGCGGAGGUGACAGUUUAGGUAGCAG